GAGCCCACAGAGAGCCCCACCACGCACGUGGUCCCCCAGGAUGGCCUCACAGGACAGCAGACGGCUCCUGCCAACCCCAAGCUGCCCCUGGAGGAUCAGGAAGCUGGCCAGAGUGGGACCCCUACAACAGCAGCCAUCCCCAUCCCCCCGAUGGCCUCUGCCGCGAGCCCAGACAUGAAGGAGGAGAAUGUUGCCGGCGUUGGAGCCAAGAUUCUGAAUGUGGCCCAGGGCAUUCGGAGCUUCGUCCAGCUGUGGGAUGAGAACACGGCUACCGAGAACUCUGUUGGGAUGGAAGCCUCAGCUUCCUCCACCCCUACUGUCCUCCUCACUCCUACUGAGAUCUCCAGCGCCCCCCAGGAGGGUAAGACCACCCUCUGGCUUAGCGGUGGCGUUCCAAGUUCUCCAGAUGUUCAGACAACCGAGGCUGGCACCCUGGCUGUGCCCACCCAGCCACCUCCCUCCCUGAGCAGCCUCCAGGCACCACUGGGAAGACCCUCAGUGCCACCAGCACCCCCAGGUAGAGCUUUUCUCUCUUCUACACAAGUCAGGGCUCCUCCCUGGGGGAGCCAGAAGCCCCCCAGGCAGCCCAGGCAUCUGGAGGGGAAUGGACUCUUGCUUAUGGCAUCCAGGCCCAGCCAGCAGCACCCCCACGCUGAUGUCCACUCUGACAUCCACAGGCACAUACCUCUUCUGCUUCCCCUGGUGACGGGUCCUCUGGUGACGGCUUCUCUGAGUGUGCACGGGUUACUCUCUGUCCCUUCCUCUGACCCCUCAACCCAACUCUCUCAAGUAGCAGCUUUACCUGGGUUCCCUGGUGCUUGGGUUUCCCACGAGGCUACCUCUGUAGGGCCUGAGCUUUCUAAUGACUCCACAGUGCUGGGAACUGGCUCUCUGACCUCUACCAGCCGGUGCCUGCCCCUGCCACCCACUUUGACCAUCUGCAGUCGCCUAGGUGUUGGACACUUCUGGCUGCCUAAUCAUCUAAACCACAGACACAGCGAGGAGGUGGAGGCCACUGCACGGGUGUGGGGGCACCUCCUCCAGACAAACUGCCAUCCCUUCCUUGCCUGGUUCUUCUGUCUGCUGCUGGCUCCCUCGUGUGGCCCUGGCCCACCACCUGCUCUGCCACCUUGUCGUCAAUUCUGUGAGGUCCUGGAGGAUGGAUGCUGGAACCACCUAGAUGGGGGCAGGCUGCCUGUCGACUGUGCCUUGCUCCCUUCCCAGGAGGAUGGGUACUGUGUGUUCAUUGGGCCUGCUGCAGAGGAUUUUGCUGAGGAGGUGGGGCUGCCACAGCUCCUCGGGGACCCUCUGCCCCAGCAGAUCUCACAAAUCGACGACCCUCAAGUCGGGCCGGCCUACAUCUUUGGACAGGACUCCAGCAGCGGCCAGAUGGCCCAGCACCACUUCCCUAGACUCUUCUUCCGUGACUUUUCACUCCUGUUUCAUAUUCAGCCAGCCACAAAGGCUGCAGGGGUGCUGUUUGCCAUCACAGACGCUGCGCAGGAGGUGGUCUCGCUGGGUGUGAAGCUCUCAGGGGUGCAGUAUGGACACCAAAACAUCUCACUGCUCUACACGGAGCCCGGUGCCAGCCAGACCCAGAUAGGUGCCAGCUUCCGCCUACCUGCAUUUGUUGGCCAGUGGACACACUUUGCACUCAGCGUGGAUGGAGGUUCUGUGACUCUCUACGUAGACUGUGAAGAGUUCCAGAGAGUGCCGUUUGCGCGGUCCCCACAGGGUCUGGAGCUGGAGCUUGGCUCUGGCCUCUUUGUGGGUCAGGCUGGAGCAGCUGACCCUGACAAGUUCCAGGGGAAGAUCUCAGAGCUGAAGGUACGACAAAACCCCCGGGUGAGCCCCGUGCUCUGCUUGGAUGAAGACGGUGAUGAUGAAGACAGGGCGUCUGGGGACUUUGGAAGUGGCUUUGAAGAAAGCAGCAGGCCACACAGGGAGGAGGACACAUCUCUAGCACCCAGGCUCCCCCAGCCACCCCCUGUCACUUCCCCACCCCUGGCUGGAGGCAGCACCACAGACGAUUCUAGAACAGAAGAAACGGAAGAAGAAACCAUGGUAGAUUCUAUAGGAGCUGAGACGGUUCCUGGCACAGGUUCAAGUGGUGCACGGGACGAGAGUGUUCAGAACCAAGGAGGUGGCUUGAUAAAGGGAGGUCUGAAGGGACAAAAGGGGGAGCCAGGUGCUCGGGGCCUACCUGGCCCAGCUGGUCCCCAGGGUCCUGCAGGCCCAGUGGUCCAGAGCCCUACUGCACAACCUGUCCCUGGAGCACAAGGACCCCCAGGACCUCAGGGGCCACCAGGGAAGGACGGAGCUCCAGGAAGGGAUGGUGAACCGGGUGACCCUGGUGAAGAUGGGAGACCGGGUGACACUGGGCCUCAAGGCUUUCCAGGGACCCCUGGAGAAGUGGGCCCCAAGGGUGAGAAGGGAGAUCCUGGUGUUGGAGCUCGAGGACCUCCAGGACCUCCAGGGCCACCAGGACCCUCCUUCAGACAGGACAAGCUGACCUUCAUUGACAUGGAAGGAUCCGGUUUCAGCGGAGAUCUGGAGAGCCUCAGAGGCCCACGAGGCUUCCCUGGCCCCCCAGGACCCCCUGGUGUCCCAGGACUGCCUGGUGAGCCAGGGCGCUUUGGGGUCAACAGCUCCUAUGCUCCAGGACCUGCGGGCCUUCCUGGUGUGCCUGGGAAGGAAGGGCCUCCCGGAUUUCCUGGUCCCCCGGGACCUCCAGGUCCUCCAGGCAAAGAGGGCCCACCAGGAUUGGCUGGCCAGAAAGGCAAUGCUGGCGAGGUAGGCAUCCCAGGACCCAAGGGGAGCAAAGGAGACCUUGGGCCUGUUGGUGCGCCUGGGAAGACUGGCAUGGCUGGACCUCCUGGGCCAAUUGGACCCCCAGGACCCCCGGGACCCCCGGGACCACCAGGACCAGGAUUUGCUGCUGGAUUCGAUGAUAUGGAAGGCUCUGGAAUACCCUUCUGGUCAACAGCCCGAAGCUCCGAUGGGCUGCAGGGACCUCCAGGGUUGCCAGGACUCAAGGGAGAUCCUGGAGUGACAGGGCCACCUGGAGCCAAGGGAGAAGUCGGAGCAGAUGGAGUCCAGGGCAUCCCUGGCCUCCCAGGAAGAGCAGGUGCAGCUGGGUCCCCGGGGCCAAAAGGAGAGAAAGGGAACCAGGGAGAAAAGGGAAACCCAGGAAAAGAUGGAGUGGGGCUGCCAGGCCUCCCUGGCCCCCCAGGACCUCCAGGGCCCGUGCUCUAUGUGUCCAAUGAAGAUAGAGCAGUAGUGAGCACGCCAGGACCUGAGGGCAAGCCAGGGUAUGCAGGCUUCCCUGGACCUGCUGGGCCGAAGGGUGACCUGGGUUCUAAAGGCGAGCAGGGUCUUCCAGGGCCCAAGGGUGAGAAGGGAGAGCCAGGUGCUAUCUUUGGCCCUGAUGGCAGAGCCUUGGGCCACGCCCAGAAAGGAGCCAAGGGAGAACCAGGCUUCCGAGGACCCCCGGGUCCUUAUGGGCGACCUGGGCACAAGGGUGAAAUCGGCUUCCCUGGACGGCCGGGUCGUCCCGGAACAAAUGGAUUAAAGGGAGAGAAAGGGGAGCCUGGAGAUGCCAGCCUUGGGUUUAGCAUGAGGGGACUGCCUGGCCCCCCUGGGCCUCCGGGCCCCCCAGGUCCUCCCGGGAUGCCCAUCUAUGACAGCAAUGCAUUUGUGGAGUCUGGCCGACCUGGACUACCAGGACAGCAAGGUGUGCAGGGGCCUUCAGGACCGAAGGGUGAUAAAGGAGAGGUGGGCCCACCUGGGCCUCCAGGGCAGUUCCCCCUCGACUUCUUCCACCUGGGAGCAGAAAUGAAGGGUGACAAGGGAGAGCGAGGGGACACUGGACAGAAAGGAGAGAGGGGAGAACCUGGGGCUGCUGGAGGUGGAUUCUUCAGCUCAAGUGUACCUGGACCACCUGGCCCCCCUGGCUACCCUGGGAUUCCGGGUCCGAAGGGAGAGAGCAUCCGGGGCCCACCUGGCCCUCCUGGCCCUCAGGGACCCCCUGGCAUUGGCUAUGAGGGGCGUCAGGGCCCCCCAGGACCUCCAGGACCUCCAGGACCUCCUUCCUUCCCUGGCCCUCACAGGCAGACUGUCAGUGUUCCUGGUCCUCCGGGUCCCCCUGGCCCCCCAGGUCCCCCAGGAGCCAUGGGUGCCUCUGCUGGGGUGAGGAUCUGGGCCACAUACCAGACCAUGCUGGACAAGGUGCGUGAGGUGCCUGAGGGCUGGCUUAUCUUCGUGGCUGAGAGGGAAGAGCUCUACGUACGUGUUAGAAAUGGCUUCCGGAAGGUGCUGCUGGAGGCCCGGACAGCACUCCCACAUGGGACGGGCAAUGAGGUAGCAGCUCUGCAGCCCCCAGUGGUGCAGCUUCACGAGGGCAGCCCAUACACCCGGCGGGAGCACUCCUAUUCCACGGCUCGGCCCUGGCGGGCAGAUGACAUCCUGGCCAACCCACCACGGCUGCCAGACACACAGCCUUACCCCGGAGUUCCACACCACCACAGCUCCUAUGCGUACCUGCCGCCAGCUCACCCCACAGGCUCACCUGCUCACACUCACCACGAUUUCCAGCCAGUGCUCCACCUGGUGGCACUGAACAGCCCACUGUCAGGUGGCAUGCGUGGCAUCCGUGGGGCGGACUUCCAGUGCUUCCAGCAGGCCCGAGCCGUGGGGCUGGCUGGCACCUUCCGUGCCUUCUUGUCCUCUAGGCUGCAGGACCUCUACAGUAUUGUGCGUCGUGCUGACCGUGGGGCUGUGCCCAUUGUCAACCUGAAGGAUGAGGUGCUGUCUGCCAGCUGGGAUGCUCUGUUUUCAGGCUCCCAGGGUCAACUGCAGCCUGGGGCCCGCAUCUUUUCUUUCGACGGCAGAGAUGUCCUAAGACACCCAGCCUGGCCUCAGAAGAACAUAUGGCAUGGCUCAGACCCCAGCGGGCGCAGGUUGAUGGAGAGCUACUGUGAGACAUGGCGGACGGAAGCUACGGGGGCUACAGGUCAGGCCUCCUCCCUGCUGUCAGGCAGGCUGCUGGAACAGAAGGCUGCGAGCUGCCAGAACACCUACAUCGUCCUGUGCAUUGAGAAUAGUUUCAUGACCUCUUUCUCCAAGUAGGGCCUCUGCCAGCUAGAAUGGUGGGCAGAGGUGGUACAAAGGACGGACACAGUGCAGGGAGCAUCUGGCCAGCGCCCGGGGCCUGGCUGGGAUACGAUCCUGUAUAGUUCACAUUUCAUGUAAUCCUCAAGAAAUAAAAGGAAGCCAAAGAGUAUAUUUUUUUAAACAUUUAAAAUAGACUUCCUGCCCUUCCUCUCCCACUUGAACUGGCCAGUCUGUGUCACAGAUCUUCCAACACGCUUGGUGGAGCUCUAUGGUGAAGUCAGGCCAUAGCUGGGUCUCAGGAGGAGGCUGCCCUAGGUUGUUGCCUAAGACCUGCAGACUUUCUCUAGCCUGGCAUCUUUCUGUGCACAGAUCCUUCAAAAGGCAGUCAUGUGUGAGUGCUGCGGACAGACCCUGGGACAGAACAGGGCAGCUAGGACUCUCCUUUCACCACCCAGUGACUGUCAGUAGUACAGGCAGGCACUUGCUCACCAGGUGGUAACUGGGACCACCCAUGCCUCCUCUCUGCCUCCCCCCACUUUCCAGCAACAACACUCCCUGCCAGAGCAGGUUUCCAAGCUAGUACUCAUUGUGAACCCAGACCUGAACCCUGUUCCCUGUCACUAGAGAACAGGAGUGUGGUCAGAUUUAGUUCACGUGCUCCUUUUGCUGGGGGCCAGAUAUGACAUGGGCUUGCCUCAGGCUUGUCUCUCAGACUGGCCUCCCUGGUGACCCAUGAGAUCCCAUCCAGAGCAGAAACCAAACCCAACCAAGCCCAAGAGUCCAGUUCUGACAGCAACCUGUCCUUCCUUGCUCACCAGCGUGAAGUCCACGAAUCUCAUAGCGGCGGCACAAAGCACUUGUCCUAUGGGAGGGACGUGCGUGCUCAGGUCCAUGGGUGGCCCAUCAUAGCCACUGUGCCUACCCCAGGCUCCGCUGCCCAAGGAUCGGGACAAAUCCAGUGGGGCUAGUUCUGUGACUCUUGUGUGAUAUGAAAGCCAUUUCAAAGAGGCACCAAAUAAAAGUGACCUUUUAUACAGA